AAUAAUAUCUCCCAAAUAAAAAUUUAUUAAUUGAUGAGUUUGACAGACUCAAAGAAGCACCGAAAAAUCGUUCUGAAUGAAAAAGUUGUGUACACACCACCACUUGUUAGUGUCCAAAUUUCCUGCUAUUUAUCCAAACAAAUCUUGAUUUAUACUCCCUUUUUAUUUCGUCAAUAUAUACAAAGCGAUCAAAUGGAUUUAGUGUGCACGAAAUAGAACAAGAUUAUUAUUGGGCGGAUGCACUUUUGUGUCUAUUGUUAGCAACAGCGAGAAGAAAGCCAAUGGGAGCUAGAUUGAGUGUGAAUAAUAAUAGGGCGAGCACGACAGAGCUCUCUGAGGUGUCACAGAGUGAAGCAUGUAAGAGACAAAGGGCAUCCUCAAGCUUUUUGGAUGAAAAUUUGAGAUUAAUUCCGUGUCUUCCUGAUGAGAUAUCACUUCAGAUUCUUGCCAGACUCCCUAGAAUUUCGCAUUUUAAUGCGAAGCUGGUCUCAAGGAGCUGGAAAGUUGCUCUGACUAGUGGAGAACUUUAUAAGUUGAGGAAAGAACUCGGAACAACAGAGGAGUGGCUUUACAUUCUGACUAAGAUUUUUGGUGAUAAACUUUUGUGGUAUGCCCUCGACCCAGUGUCAAGGAUAUGGCAAAGGUUGCCUCCAAUGCCAAAAGUUUCUGUUGAAGAUGGAACUAGAAAGGGCUUAUCGGGCAUUCGUCUGUGGAAUGUGGUUGCUUCAAAUAUUAAAAUUGUGGAUUCUAUUAGGGAAUGGUUUGGAACGAAGGAUGCAUUUGACAAGAUUAGAUGCUGUGGUUGUUCAAUUGGAUCUGUUGAUGGCCGCCUCUAUGUCUUGGGUGGAUUUUCUGGGGCUGCAGCCCUGAAGCGUGUCUGGCGUUAUGAUCCAAUUGUAAAUUGUUGGAGUGAAGUGACUCCUAUGUCUAUUGCCAGAGCAUAUUGUAAGACUGGUGUCUUGAACAAUAAACUUUAUGCUGUUGGAGGUGUUACUCGUGGACGAGGUGGACUGAGUCCUCUUCAGUCAGCUGAAGUAUUUGAUCCUCGCACUGGCAUGUGGUCUGAAGUACCAAGCAUGCCAUUUUCAAAAGCUCAGAUGCUACCGACUGCCUUUUUAGCUGAACUGUUAAAGCCUAUUGCUACUGGGAUGACAUCAUAUAGGGGGAAAUUAUAUGUUCCUCAAAGUUUAUAUUGCUGGCCCUUUUUUGUUGAUGUUGGAGGAGAGGUAUAUGAUCCGGAAACAAAUUCAUGGGUCGAAAUGCCAAUUGGCAUGGGGGAAGGUUGGCCUGCUAAGCAGGCAGGAACUAAAUUAAGCGUCACAGUUGAUGGAGGCUUAUAUUCGUUGGAUCCAUCUAGUUCUCAAGACAGUCCUACAAUCAAAAUGUAUGAUCAUCAAGAUGAUUCUUGGAAAAUAAUUGAAGGAGAUCUACCCAUUUGUACUGAUUCAGAAUCUCCAUAUCUACUUGCUGGUUUUCUUGGAAAGCUGCACGUGAUCACAAAAGGAACAGAUCAUAACAUCGUAGUCAUGCAAGCUGAUAGGCAAAAUCGACUCGUUUCUGCUGCAUCCACCUCAUCAUCUUCUUCAGGUGAAUCCUUGCAAGAUUUUUCUCAAGAUGUGGCAGUAUCUCCCGAACAUAUUUGGAAAGUUAUCGCUGCUAAGAGCGAUGGAUCUACAGAACUAGUUAGCUGUCAGGUUCUUGAUAUCUAGUUCUAUUAUGUUACAGGAUCAAUCUCCUUUGGUCAUUUGGUAUUGCCAGCUUUUGUUGGUCAGCGAUAAUUUUUUACUAUUGUGUAUGAAGUUUCAAGCAUCAUAAGAAUACCCUCUCACGUAUUUGAAUAUAUCAUAUCCUAUUUGAAUGGUU